AUGAAUGAACCUGAUCUUGACGCUCGUGACGGGACAGAGGAGUGUGCUGCCUUUCAGAAAGCCGCGAGUGUAACGAGUGAUGCAGUCACGGACCUGAAUUGUGCAGCCAUUUCGCGGCUGCGAAAUGGCUUUUGUUAUCGCAUCAAACUAACACUCUGGUACAUCAGCACAGACAGCCUAACGCUGAACAACUCCACCAUCAUCAAAAGGGUGUUUCUGAGAGCAGUGGACACAAACGGCGAGGACUAUGAGUUAGCCACAUGUUGUCGUGGAGAAGGCGAGAACAUCAUGUUCACGGAACGGCAAUUGGUUGGUGAAGAUACGCUAAACGAAUACGCCAUUGGAGUAUGGAACGACAGAAGGAUUGGGAAAACCGAGGACUUGUGGGAAUACGCCCUGCAUCCAAAUCCAUACUUCAAGCUCAGUACUAUUGGUAAAAUGAGCUGGAUGGUUCAGGUCGUUCGCGAGGACAUGGAGGGCGAAUUGCAUAUUGGCAGCCCGAUGGCGGGAAGGAGUCGACGGGGCAGCAUGCGUGUGACGCAGCAUCUCUGA